AUGCCCACCAAGCGCGUAAAAGGCAAGAAAAAGCUCAAGUCUAUCAAGGCAAAACAGACCGAUGGAAUGGGUAGUAAGCGUCGAUUGGCCAAGUUUGGUAAAGAACAGCGCAAGGGCAUGCGAGGUGCAGCUGCCAACUACAUUACACGCAGUCAAGCACUAAAACGACUGCAAGUUUCGUUGAAAGAUUUUCGUCGUCUUUGUAUUUUAAAGGGAAUUUAUCCACGUGAACCAAAGAAAAAGGUCUCUGGGAAAGAUAAAACGUAUUAUUACAUUAAAGACAUCAUGUUCUUGGCCCAUGAACCAGUUCUCGACAAGUUUCGAGCAUUUAAAACGUUUAUGAAAAAAGUGACGAAAGCAAUGGGUCGAAAAAACUAUGAAGAUGCCAAGCGGAAACAUGACAAUCGACCUACUUAUGAGCUGGAUCAUAUUGUGAAAGAACGGUAUCCACGCUUUAUUGAUGCUCUUGGAGAUUUGGAUGAUGCCCUUUGUCUUGUUCAUUUGUUUGCUCUUAUGCCAACGGGGAAUGGAAUUCAUGCAGAGGUUACGAGCAUGUGUUUACGUCUUGUGCGUGAAUGGCAGAAUUAUAUUGUCGUGACGAGAGGACUUACAAAGAUCUUUGUAAGCAUUAAGGGGAUUUACUACCAGGCUAAUGUACAAGGUCAAGUCAUUACGUGGUUGGUGCCACAUCAAUUUACUCCUACAGUUGACAAACGAGUGGAUGUAAGAGUUAUGCUUACGUUCUUGGAGUUUUAUGAAGUGCUACUGAAGUUUGUCAAUGCUCAAUUGUACAUGCAAAUUGGCGUAGCUUAUCCUCCUAAAAUCAAUUUGCAGCUUGAUUCAGCCGGUGCUCAACUUGCUGCGAUUGAACUGGAGAGAGCAAAAAAUGAGGAGACGAAAGAUGUUGAUGAGAAGGUGGAUGAUGAUGGCGCUGACGCUUGUGAGGAUAUUUCCCAGCAGCAAAAGGAAUCUGAAAAGCGGAUCAAGACUCUUGGCGGUGCUAUUGCAAAGUACGAGACUAACCCUGUGAAAGAGUACGAUGAAGAUGAAGACGAGACUACAUACGGCGAGAUGAGUGAGCCGCUUGAGGCUGCCUUUGCGUCGAACGAGCUGGCCGCGCAGAUUUACAGCGAACAGCGUAAAGAGCGCAGUGAAAAGAGUCUGUUCAGUGGUCUGACCUUCUUCUUGUCUCGAGAAGUUCCUUCGGCUUGUUUGGAACUGGUGCUGCGCUCGCACGGCGCCGCUUUGGGCUGGGACGGCGCUGGAUCUCCCUUUGAUGAGAAAAACACGCGCAUUACGCACCACGUAAUGGAUCGUCCUCACCAGGGUCACCGCUACUUCAAUCGCGAGUAUGUGCAGCCGCAGUGGGUGUUUGACUCAGUGAACAAUGGCAUUUUGCUUCCUCUGGCUCGCUAUGUGCCUGGUGCAGAGCUUCCACCUCACCUGUCCCCUUUCGUGGAUGACGGACAGGAGGGCUACACCCCUGAGUACCGCAAGGAGCUGGAAAAGCUCAAAUCGGCCAAGCAGGUGCUGCACGAGGUUGGUGCCGCUGGCGUCGAGGACUCUGAAGAGGAGGAUGCUGAGGAGCAGGAAGAGGUUUACGCUGCUGACCUCAAGGCUGAGGCGGAUGGCAAGACUGUUGAAAAGGAAGGCAACGACAGCGAGGAGGAGGAGGAGGAGGAGGAGGAGAAUGAAGAAGAGGAGAGUGACAAGGAAGAGAAGGUUGAGGUGAACAACGACGACGAGAAGGUGAAAAAAGAGGAAGAGAAGUCUUCUCUCAAGCGCAAGUCGGACGUGGCAACCAUAAACAAGAAGACGAAGCGUGUCAAGAAGGAGGAGGAGGCCGCAGAGCUCAAGGAGCUAGCCAAGACCAUGAUGUCGAAGAAGGCCAAGCGUUUGUACGACCGUAUGCAGUAUGGUCUGGGCAAGAAGGCUGACAAAAUUCAGAAGCUCGAGGACAAGCGUGUCAAGCUGGAGGCUGAGAAAGAGAAGAGCAAGGAAGUUGAGACCUUGGCCAAGGAGGUCUCCAAAAAGCGCAAGCGGAAGACCAAGGGCAAGAGCGCUAAUUAG